ACCUCAUCUAAGAACUCCCCGCUGAAAAGGCUGACGCUUACAACCGGUGCGCUACUUGACUUUAUCCAAAGAGUAUACGAUCUUUUCCAAAUAUGUCUUCUCAGAAUUCUGCUGCCGAAAAAAGACAAAAGUUUGAGUCCAUCUACCCAGUUUUCGUCAAUGAUAUUAUGGACUACUUGAAGUCCAUCAAUAUUCCCAAGGACGUUGCUCAGUGGUACGAAAAGAAUCUGUACCAUAAUACCCUUGGAGGAAAGUAUAACCGUGGAUUGUCUGUCAUCGAUACAUACGAAAUCUUGCUUGGUAAGCCCCUUGAUGAAGAAAGUUAUAAGAAGGCGUCUGUUCUUGGAUGGUCCAUCGAAUUACUUCAAGCUUUCUUCCUCGUCGCUGAUGAUAUGAUGGAUGCUUCCCAGACGAGACGUGGUCAACCUUGUUGGUACUUGAUGCCAAAUGUUGGAAACAUCGCCAUUAACGAUGCUUUCAUGCUUGAAUCCGCUAUUUAUUUCCUUCUUAAGAAAUAUUUCCGUCAGGAUACUUAUUACAUUGACCUUCUUGAACUCUUCCAUGAUGUUACCUUCCAAACUGAAUUAGGCCAACAUCUCGAUCUUCUUACUGCCCCCGAAGACCAUGUCGAUAUUUCCAGAUUUUCUCUUGAAAAACACUCAUUUAUUGUUAUCUACAAGACUGCUUUCUACUCCUUUUAUCUUCCUGUUGCCUUAGCCAUGUACCUUUCCGGUACUGCAUCUAGAGAAAACUUGCAAAUUGCAAGAGAUAUUCUUAUUCCCCUUGGAAAGUAUUUCCAGGUUCAAGAUGAUUUUCUCGAUUGUUAUGGCGAUCCCAACAUCACCGGUAAAGUCGGUACAGAUAUAUUGGACAACAAAUGUUCCUGGUUAAUUAAUGUCGCCCUUUCAAAGGCAUCUUCUGAGCAACGUGUGAUCUUGGAUAAGAAUUAUGGUGUUAAAGACUCCGAAUGUGAGGCUAAGGUCAAGAUUGUUUUUGAAGAACUUGGUAUACGCAACGAGUUUGCAAAUUAUGAAGAAGCCGAAGUUUCUGAAAUUAAGAAGCGUAUUGAGUCUGUUGAUGAGUCCGGUGGUUUAAAGAAGUCUGUCUUCUUAACCUUUUUGGGCAAGAUUUACAAGAGAAACAAGUAAUCAUACCUCUAUGUUCUAGAAUUUAAUUAAUAAGAUACCCAUAUCUUAUCUACAAAAAUUACACCUUAAAAACUUGGCUUUUAGAUCAUUACGGCUCCUAAUUCAUACAAUGGAUGAUAUAUUCAGUAAUAAUAGAGCACGGGAAUAUUCAUAGCACAUCUGACAAUUAGGAUUUAUUAUAAUUAAGUAUAUCAGUAAAUACUAGCGCUCAAUAAUCAUAAUCCUUUC